CCCUCCCCUUGCUUUCUCUCUCUCUCUCUCUCUCUUGCCCCUCUGUCCUUCUUCACAGAGAGAGAUGAUCGGAGGAGCGGAGUCUCAGUGAACAGAGCGAAGCGAUGGAGAGAUGCUCCAUCUCUCCUGUCGCACGACUGAUCGCCCUCCGCUGCCUCAUCUCCCUCCUCCUCUUUGUUUCUCUGGUGACACAACCCUCCACCUGUAACCGUGACGACAGUGAGGGUGAGGAGGAGCAGGUGGACGCCCUGUCGGUCCAGCUGUCCGUCACGGCCCAGGUCACACCCACCCCUCUGUGGGCAGUUGUCUGGGGUCCCACUCAACCUCUGGAGGAUGAGACUUACCAUUUCCUCUCCAGCCAGGAAACCGACCCCCUUCACCCGCAUGGGGGCCAGCAGGAGGACAGCACUGCCACACCGGGGGGUUGGCCUUUCCCCAGCUCAAGCAUGCACCCACAAGAGGAGGCACCGCUGGAGUCUAAAGACCAGGAUGGAGCGAAGGAUGGAGAAAUGGAGGUGGAGCCUGAGGAAGUGGACCCUCAGUUCUACGUCACCGUGACCAUCUCCUCUGUGCUCAUCGUGACAGCAAUCGUCAUAACAGCAAAACUCUGUUAUGAUCGCAGCUGUUCCCAACAUCCGCCCCCGCUUUCCCGUGGCGUGGCUCCCCCCCUCUCCCUCGCGCUGCCUCGCUCCCUGGCUUCGGAGGACAGCCGGCAGACGCUGCACAGCACCUCCUCCUCCUUCAACGACAGGGAGAGGAUCCCAGUUGUGAACCUCUGAGAUGACUUUGUUCCAAUAUGGUAAACAUUUCUACGGGGCCUUGAGGAGGAACAUCAACACGACCAGAGGAUGUGCCCGCAGCGCCGUUUUAUUUUCUCUGAAACUGUGAAAUGAAUUCAGGGAUCCCAGGUAUCCAGCCAUCACACAAACUCCUCGGCUCCCCUGAGGUCUUAAACUCAUCUUCCUGCUGCUCCCUUCCUCCUUCCAUUCCUUCCUUCCUCUGUGCUCAAUGUUGGUUUCUUUUAUGUGGCUCUGCGUCACUGUAACCUGCUCCUUGUUUUCCAUUCUCUGUAUGGCCCUGAGCUCUGCCAAAAUACCCAGCCGCUCUGUGUUUCGACCUGCCUUGACUAAUUCACAAACAGGCACUUUAACAGCCAUGCAGAAUCCCAUUACCCAUGAAAGUCCCCUACCUGUGCUUCCAUAACUGCUUCCAAUAACUCAGUAUUAGCUGCUGUAAUGCAACCGACUGUUCCUUCUCUUAAAUUCAGUUCAGUGUAGCAGCCUCCUAUCUAAUACGUAAACGGUUAAAAAGCCAUUCUCAGCAUCUCCAAACACUGAACGGGGUAUUUCACAAAGCUCAUUGGCACAGCUCUAGCCAACAGGCAAUGUGUUUAACAUGUCACGCUCCAAAAACUGCUGUUUAUCCCCCUGCUUUGGGCGCCUGAAAUGCAAAUAGUGUGGCUUUUUCCCUCUGCAGAAUGUGCAGGAGUCUGUUUUUUUUUCCUCAUGAUUUGUUCUCUUAAUUAUGUGGCUGACGUUCACCCCUUUGUCGAGCAGCCUUUGUUCCUGCCGGACUCUGUAGAGGUGUGUGAAGCAUAGAGAACCUCCACUGGUGGAGAUAAAAUACAUAAAGCACAGGGGGCGGAUGGAAGAGGCAUUCUUGUUGAAAAUCAAUGUUUCCCAAAGGUUUCAGAUGGUGCACAUCAAAAAGACAGAUUUAUGUCGUCAUGGAAAUGAGCAUCUGUGAACUGUAUGCUUGAUCAAAGGACUGACAUUACCACAAGGAUUUUUUCAGCCAAGAAACUCAAUUUGGAACAAUACCACCAAAAUUUUGCUUCUUAUCACAAUCAAGACACUUAAGGGAAGAAUCAAGGAGCAUCAUCUGACUCUCUCUUCAAUGAUCUGCAUGUACAUAGUAAGAAAACUUGUGAGAGUUCCUUCAGAUCUAUUAUUUAUAAAUGUCUAUUUUAUCUAUCAGUGAGUGAUAUCUUAAAGAGUCUUCUAAAGCCAAAUGUCAGGUUGCAACUUUUCAGAGCAUCUUUGAGACAUGAAUCCCCUGCGGUUACACACAUUUCCACUACAGACAUAGUGCUGGUGGCUUCAUGCGUGGCUCGUGCAAACCAACAGAUAUAAAAGUCUUGUGAUUUUGGUAGCAUUCCUGUAGA